UCUCUAUCAUUCAUUCGUUGUUUUGGGACACGUCAGUUAUUUUAUUGGAAAAUUGAAUUCAAUCAAUUUAAGGACUUUUAACAAAAUUUUCCAAUAUUUAUGUUAGUUUUUGUGGUGAAUUGUGUUGUAAUUCUAUAAUAAACCAAACAUUUUAUGAUUUCUUGAGUAUGAUGAGAUCAUUACCUGGUUUGUUAUGCCUUUUGGCAAUACUUCAUACUUCAUAUGCACCACCCGUUUCAGGAGACAAUUCUAAUGAAGACAGUGAUGUAAAGGAUAAUCUGGAGGAAUAUAUGGAAUACCACAGAUAUCUUAAGGAGGUAGUACAAGCACUUGAAAGUGACCCUGAUUUUAGAGAGCGAUUGGAAAAAGCUGACGUAGAAGACGUGCGGUCAGGUAAAAUAGCUGAUCAAUUGGACUUCGUGAAUCACAAUGUAAGAACAAAAUUGGAUGAGAUCAAACGCCGCGAACUUGAGAGGCUGCGUCAUUUAGCAACAAAGCAAUACGAACUGACUAACAAUUUAGAUGCUCAUAUGGGAAAAGUUCCAAUAAACGAACAUUUGGACCAAGCAAAUCCACACACCUUCGAGAUUGAAGAUCUGAAAAGACUUAUCAAGAAGACUACAUCAGAUUUGGAAGAAGCAGAUAAGCAAAGAAAAGAAGAGUUUAAGGAGUAUGAAAUGCAGAAGGAAUUUGAAAAACAUCAAAAAUUAGAAACAAUGAAUGAAGACCAGAAGAAAGAAUAUAUGAAAAAAGAAAAUGAAGAAAAGAGUGCUAAAAAACAUCAUAAACCGCUCCAUCAUCCAGUCACAAGACAACAGUUAUUAGAAAUAUGGAAAAAAGCCGACAAUAUGGAUGCGAAAGAUUUCAACCCAAGGGUGUUUUUCAUGAUGCAUGACGUGGAUGGCAAUGGAGCAUGGGACGCUGAUGAAGUAAAGGCACUCUUUAUUAAGGAGCUAGAUAAACUGUACGGACCUGGUGGACCGAAUAAAGAUUUACAUGAACGUGCUGAGGAGAUGGAGCGCAUGCGUGAGCAUGUAUUCCAAGAGAAUGACAAGAACCAUGACGGGCUCAUUGACUUCCAAGAAUUCAUGGUGGAAACCCAGAAAGCUAAUUUCAAUCGGGAUGAAGGUUGGAAAUCCAUCGACGAAAACCAAAUCUACACUCAAGCGGAAUAUGAAGCAUAUGAAAGAAGGAGGCUUGAAGAAUUGAGAUAUUUACAACAACGUGGAUUAGUUGACGCACAUGGUCGCCCGAUUCCUGGUACUCAACAUAAACUUCAUGAGGCGUACCAACAGUAUCCCGCGUAUCAGCAGCAGCAAUAUCAACAGCAACAAUAUCAACAGCAGCAAUAUCAGCAGCCUCCAUCCCAUCAGGGCCAACAGUAUUAUCCUCAAGGUCAAAUGCCGCCAGUACAAGGUCAAGUUCCGCAAGGUUAUCAACCUGCGCCUGGACAAAUCCCACCACAAGGAUAUCAACAGCAUACUGGGCAGGUUCCUCAACAGGCUUACCAAGCUCAGUAUCAAAUUCCCCAAGGACAGCCACAAGGGCAAUAUCCAGGUCAACCACAAGGACAAUACCAAGGCCAACCACAGGGACAAUACCAAGGUCAACAACAGGGGCAAUACCAAGGUCAACAACAGGGACAAUACCAAGGUCAACAACAGGGACAAUACCAAGGUCAACCACAGGGACAACACCAAGGUCAACCACAGGGCCAACACCAAGGUCAACCACAGGGCCAACACCAAGGUCAACCACAGGGCCAACACCAAGGUCAAGUGCCUCCUCAACCGGGUCAAUCACAAGGACAAUAUCAAGGUCAAGUUCCUCAGCAACCUCAGGCUGGUAAUAUAAACCAAGGACAGGCCCCUCAAGCUCAACCUGCACAAGGACAAGGAGCGCCGGCCCAAGGUCAAGCUUCUUCAGUUCAAGGCCAGGCAUCGCCGGUCCAAGGACAAGCGCAACAGGCCCAACCACAACAAAAUGUUCAAGGUCAACCGCAACAAAAUGCACCACCUCAAUCGUCACAAAACCAGGGUCAAGCAGCUCCAGCUCAGGGUCAAAAUGCGGUGCCGCCACCGAUUGACGCAUCUCGUCAUUAAAUACUCACCGAAAUAAUUAUAAUUUUUUUUAUUUCUCUUUUUGAUGACACUAGUGUAUAUAUAAGUACAUUGUAUAUUUCACAAAUGGUGCCAAAUUUGUCUCAAGCUUCUAUUCUACAUAUAGGGUCGAUUUUGAAAUAUUUAUCUCUAAAUUUCUCUCAAUUACUGUGGCACCCUCUGUUCUUUAAAGUUUGGGAGCCAUCUUGUUGGACACGGAAACCUAUGACAUGAUUUUUCCAAUGUCGGCUUUGCAUGCACUUUGGAGCACUUAAUGACAUUAGUUUUUUAAAUAAUCAGAACAUUAAGAGAUUUAAUAUUGACUGAUUUAGAGAACGACAUUACAGCCUCGGCCCAUUAUUUUUAAAUUUUAAGUAGUUUACGUUGUGAAGGAGAUUAACAGUAGUAAAUGAUGAAACAAU